AUGCGAUGGACUAAACCAAUCUGUAUUGGAAGGCAUGCUUUUGGAGAUCAGUAUAGAGCUACUGAUAUCAUUGUUAAUGAACCAGGAAAACUGAAACUGAUUUUCGAGCCAAGUGGAUCUUCACGUAAGACCGAAUUUGAAGUCUUCAAUUUCACUGGUGCUGGAGGUGUUGCUUUGGCCUUGUAUAACACCGAUGAGUCUAUCCGUUCAUUUGCUGAGUCAUCGAUGUACACAGCUUACCAGAAAAAAUGGCCGCUGUACCUCUCCACAAAAAACACCAUCCUCAAAACAUAUGACGGAAGAUUCAAGGAUAUAUUCCAAGAAGUUUAUGAAACUAAAUGGAGAUCUAAGUUUGAAGCUGCUGGGAUAUGGAAUGAGCAUCGUCUGAUAGAUGAUAUGGUUGCUUAUGCUAUGAAAAGUGAGGGGGGUUAUGUUUGGGCAUGCAAGAACUACGAUGGAGAUUUGCAGAUCGAUUUCUUAGCCCAAGGAUAUGGAUCUCUGGGACUGAUGACGUCGGUGUUGGUUUGUCCUGAUGGAAAGACCAUUGAAGCAGAGGCAGCUCAUGGCACAGUAACACGCCACUACAGAGUUCACCAAAAAGGUGGUGAAACAAGCACAAACAGCAUAGCCUCUAUUUUUGCUUGGUCCAGAGGCCUUGCCCACAGGGCAAAGCUGGACAGCAAUGCGUCGUUGUUGAACUUUACUGAGAAACUAGAAGCGGCUUGUAUGGGAACGGUGGAGUCUGGAAAAAUGACCAAGGAUCUCGAGCUGUUGAUCCACGGAUCCAAGGUUCAGAGGGAUGAUUAUGUGAAUACAGAAGAGUUCAUUGAUGCUGUGGCAUGGGAGUUAAGAAAAAGACUGUUAGGCAGCUCCAGGUUGUGAGGAGAAGAUUUGAAAAGCAAAAAACCUUUGCAGUUUCCAUCGAGUAAUAUUCAUCAUAAUGUGUAGAAAAUAAAGGCAAAUGUGUUGUAUGUUUGGGCGUAAAAAGGAUGGGUAAUAAUAAUUAACCGCCGAACUCAAAAGCUCCUCGU